UUAAACAAUAAAUAUCUGUGUAAUAGAUGCACAGAGCAGUUCUGCCUUCAAAGCUACUUCCACUACAACUACUACUGCAUGUUGAUGAGUACAGAGAGCAGAGAAUAUGGACACUACAGUCAGAGGAACACUGCAGGCUGACUUUGAUACAUUUGAUAUUUCUGAAGAGCUUGGAUUUCUGCUUGAAGAACCUCUGAGACACCUUCCAGACUAUUAUCAGGUUUGGCUGGACCUGGCUAAUAAUCUUGAGCAUCUGAUAGAGACUGGUAAACUAAGGGAGCUGGUUCAUAAGAUGCCGCUCUUGAGCACCCACCUUUUGAGUAACCAUCGGGAGCUCAGGCUGGCUCAUCUAGCUCUGGGAUUCAUCAGCAUGGGAUACGUGUGGCAGGAAGGACAACAAGCACCUGCUGAGAUUCUCCCUAAAGCCCUGGCCUGGCCCUUUUGGCUGAUAUCUCGCAGGCUUGGCCUUCCACCCAUCCUAACCUACGCGGACACAGUUUUGGCAAACUGGAAAUUAAGGGAUCCCACAGGAGAAAUGGAAAUCAGGAACAUGGACUUGAUAUUUUCCUUUCCUGGUGGAGAGAGUUGCAGGGGAUUUUUUAUAGUGUCACAGUUGGUCGAGAUGGCUGCCAGUUCAGGCGUGACGGGGGUUCUGGAGGUGAUGCAUGCAAUGAAAAUCUCAGACCUCAGCGGUGUGCAGAGAGGUCUCAACAAAGUGACUCAGUCUUUGAAGAGGAUGAAGGAAACUUUCAAACUCAUGCACAAUCAUGUGGAUCCAACUCUGUUUCAUGGAAAAUUAAGACUUUUUCUUUCAGGGUGGCGAGACAACCCUUUGCUUCCAUGCGGGUUGUUAUAUGAAGGUGUGAGCGAUGAGCCAAUUUUUUUAUCAGGCGGGAGUGCAGCCCAGAGUUCAGCCAUUCAGUGCUUCGAUGCUUUGCUGUGCAUCCGGCACGAGGAUGAGACAGGUGCCUUCCUGACACGUAUGAGGGAUUACAUGCCUACCGCCCACCGUCAUCUGAUAGAAACUCUAUCCGUCGGUCCAUUUCUGAGAGACUUCAUCCUAUCUCGCUCCAGCUCUGACCUCUGCCAGGCCUACCUAUCCUGUGUCUCAGCGCUGGUGGAUUUACGUAACUAUCACCUCAAUACCGUCACCAAGUACAUCAUUGUGCCUGGGAAUCGAGCCCGUGCAAUCGGCUGCCCGUUCAGAGGUGUGUGUACUGCGCUGAACAAGACAGGGUCCGGCGGAUCCGUCCUAAUGGUCUUCCUUAAGAGUGUUCGUAAUAACACCCAAAAAGCACUGAUCUUAAAGAGACCACCACAAACUGAAAUAUGAUAUAAUCAAUAGCAUAUUAUGCCAUAUCAUAUGCAUAAUAUUCAACAGAGUUGUAUUACAUCAUCUACUUGGUAUAGUAUGUAUUAAAGUCAGUCAUUAAAAU